AUGGAUAAUUAUCAGCGUGACCCCCGUUCUUUCUCUUCAACGCCAGAUCAAGCUCGCGGAUUGAAUGGAAGACAGUCACUCCCCAUGCACUCUGGACCACCACAGACGCUUCAGUCGUGCUCCAUACGACGCUCAAUCGAGGGGCCCUGGAGCGCCAUCGCUCCCCCAUCAACACAUCCCUAUGGUCCCACCAGCCCCACGAGGAAUGGGUUUGGUGAUGGUCGAGGGAUGCCUACCAAUCCAGGGUAUGCCGCGCAGUAUCAGCCAAGCCCGCAGUAUGCGCAAACCUCUUCUCCAAGCAACGGAUAUCCAUCGCCGUACGCCGAGUCCUCGCCAGGCGCGUAUGGCCAAGACCGUCACAACAGCGUUCCCUACGAUCCCAUGGACGAGCGGCCAGCGAGACGUCGGAGAGGAAACCUGCCAAAGUGGGCUACGGACUUUCUGAAGCAGUGGUUCUUCGAACACAUCGCUCACCCGUAUCCGACCGAACAGGAGAAGCAAGAGCUCUGUAAAAGGACCGGCUUGGGCAUGACUCAAUUGAGUAACUGGUUCAUCAACGCAAGGCGCCGACAACAUCCGGUGUUGCAAUCUCAGGUCGCUGCAGAGAACAUGAUUCGACAGGGUUCUAACCACACAGGUAACGGUGAGGACCGCGAGGGUCUAGAUGGAAGACCUCGCUGA